UAGAUAAACACGAAAACCAAUAAGACAAGUUAACAAAUAUAAAAUAUAAUAUAAUUCAGUUUAGUGGUGAUAGAAAGAAACAUUUGGACAAUUGGAAUUGAAAGAUCUCAUGAAAAAAUUUAAAUUGGUACUCAACACAUAGCACAUAUAUAUGUACAUAUACUCUUCUACUACCAAAGGCAACAGCAGUAGCAGCAGAAGGCAGGCAGGCGAGCGAAUCACAUACAAAAUUACGUGAGCUGCGCAGCAAAGUGAAUUCAAUGGGAAGAGGUUGAUGAUAGUUCAUUGCCCAGAUUAUAAAUUACAUGUAGAAAUUGGGGACUCCCUGCAAUUGGUUGUCGGUGUGGUGUCGAGAGCGAGCGAGCAGCAGCCAAAAGGGCCAAGAAAAACCGCACCCUUUGUCUGCUUCCGGCCGCCGUUUUGGUAGUAGGAAGUCUGUAUGGUCGUUAUGACUUCGCCCCUACAUCAGCUGGAUAUAUUCGAGCUACGACCAUUGAUUACCAAUUUCAAUUGUAAAUUAUCGACCAUCACCGAAUAUGAUUGCCACAGACAGAUGUUAUGCCUUGUCUCAGAGGACAACGAUAUUGUGUUGCGCUACAACAGUGAGGGUGGCCAAGAAGUGCUCAAAUUGAUAUCAUGGUUUCGCCGCACCAACCGGGUGAUACACGACAUAUGUUUUGAUCCCUCGGGAACUUGGCUGUUGGUCUUAUGUUUUGACAAUACAUUACACAUUGUGCCCGCCUUGGCGGUGGUGGAUAAAUCUGGCCUAGAAGCAAAUACCAAAAACUCCAUUUACCCACAUUCUCUGUAUAGCACCACACAAGUAACAAGUUACAUCAUACCUUUUGUUGGACCCCAUGAGUGCCCCAACUCAAAAAAAUGUCCCAACAAAUUAACUUCAAAGCGUAACUCUGCCUUGAGUGGCAAUGGCGGCGGAGGAAAUGGAGCUUCCAGUAGUGGACAAGCUUUAAAGAAUGAGGACCAGCGUGUCAAUGAGCCACCACAUGGUAGUGGCAAUGAAGAGGCUGAUAACAAUAAAAAGCUAAAUGCCUUAGCUGAUCAAUUGGAAGCGCUGCAGGUGGAACAAGGAAACGAUGAAGACGAUUCCAUGGUGGUAGUGCCUCCCGUAAUAGCAGUAGAGGGCAACAUGGAUAUAUUUAGUCACGAUGUACCUGCAGAAAUGUUGGCAUCCUCGGCUCCUCAAAAUCUGGCCAUAGAUGAUAAGACCGGCAAUAGUCAGUUACCGGCCAUGAAUAUGUCUUUCAUGGCCUCCAAUACCUGUCCAUAUCCCCUGUCUGUGGUGUGGUGGCGUACUUUGGAGGGUGUUAAUAGAGCAGUAAUAGGCUAUUCGGAUGGUUCUAUAUGCUUUGUGGGUCUUAGUCCCAAUUGUCCUUUUGUGGCCAGCACCUCAGUGGAAAGUGGUUCGGUGGUAAAACUGCUCAUAUGUCGUGACAAUACAUUUGAAAGUGUCAUGCUGUUGAUUACCUCCUCGUUGAAGCAACAAUUCAAAUUACUGCUGGAACAAAAAGCUAUAGAUUAUACCUACCCCGGAGAAAUUUCUCCCACUACAACCCAAACCAAAGACAAUGAUUGGCAAAUUGUUAUGCCCCUGAAAAACCUAAACAACAGCAGUGGCACUACUGAAAUUGCCAAUCAAUCAGACGAUGAUGUAUUUGUUAAUGAAGAAACACCUCCGAAAGAUACUAACCACCCGCCUCAAACCUUAGCACAAACUAAUGCAACAGCUUCAGCAACAGGCCCUAAGACAACGACCGAAGUAAUAUCAACUGUUGCAACAAUAGAAAAUAAUGGAAAUAAUCAACAACCCCCUCCACCACCAUAUUCGGUGGCCAUUAACCGUCACUUGGAUAACAAAGAAUCCUCCGUGGCAAACACAGCUCCAGCAGUUAGUUGCAGUGCUAGCUCAAUUAAUCAACAACAGCAAGUGGAUACUGAGUCCGAGUUUGAUAAGAACAUAAGGGGAGGCUAUAUACCGGCUGCCAGAGCACGUUUAGCCUCACUCAAAUCGUUGGGCUCCAAAAAGCUGAAUGCCAUUAAAAUGCGGCUUUCCGAUAAGCGGCAGAAAAUUGAAGAGUAUAUGCCUGACAACUCCUUGGGUUCCUCAUUUGCCAUUGUGGACUCGCCUUCGCUGACACCCGAAUUGCUGGCCAAUUCUGCAGGUUCCUUUUAUACCAUCCAAAAUCUUCGCAGUACUUAUUUGCUGAGUGCUUUGCACAGCCAAUCGAAUAGUUUUACGGUGCAUAGCAUUGAUAUACACUUGAAGCCUUUGUUUCUAUACAAAAUUCCCCGAGAAUGUGUGGACAUAUUGAUUAGUUCCAAUAUCUUGUAUUCAAUACAAUAUGUGGACUAUUAUGCGGAACCUACGCCGCCAGCAGCAGCAGCAGCUAUUGCCGCCGGCAGCAAUCCAAAACCGGAGCAAAAUAAUCAAAAUACAGAAAAAGAAAAUCGUGAUAUGGAUGUUGAAAAACAUGAAAAAUACGCUGAAGAGAUAGCCGCUGUUAUGGAGGGCAUCAAUGAUGGUGAUGAGGCCUCAGGCCAGCAUAGACAGAAUAGCAGUAGUGGCCUAAAACGAGAUGCCAGUCAAGAAGAUAGUGUGGCUACCAGUGCAGCUUCAACCACCUCUGAACAUUAUAGUCAAGACAGUUUGACACCGAGUAAUUCCAUCAAUGCUGUGGGUGUCAUCAGUAGUGCUAUGGCCUCUUUGAGGAAAGGAGAUGAAGAUAAAUUCAAUGGCUUUUCCCAAUUGGGUCUCUUUCGUUUUGAACAUGAAACUGUCUUGAGUCUUUAUCAAAUGGCCACCUUCCGUCCACCAACGACUAAUGAAACCAUAUCAAAAGAUGAAAAAACCAAAGUAUUUGAAAGCAAUGAAAUUCGCUCACCCAUGGACUAUGUCAAGUUCUAUGAAACGGCCGAUGUUAAGGAGGAGUACUCAUUGCGUCAAAUGGAAAUAAUGCAAAAUGAAUUUCCCAAAAUCAACUUUGAUCCCUGCUAUGUGGUUACCAACAAGAAUGUCUAUUAUAUACAACUCAAAAAAGAACCUUUUGCAAUAUUUCUUGAAUCCGCCUUGGCAGGUGAAUGGACUCAAUGUCGAGAUUUCUGCAAUACAUUUGAUCUAACCUAUGAGGCUUGCAUUGAGUUUGCUGGCGAUUAUUUGUUGCGACGUAAAAAGGUUACCCAAGCCCUACUAACCUAUAAUACGGCACGCAUCAAACCCAUUAGGACAGCUCUAAAAUUAGCCAUGUUCGGACAGACAAAUGCUUUAAUGCAUCUUUGUGCUAUGGCCUUAAAACUGACGCAUGUGCUCAAAUCGAAAUAUUUUUGUCAUCCCAUUAUAAAAACGCUAUUGCAUGACAUAACCUACCGUCACUCCGAAGAUGUUCAGCCCAUUUUGCCUCCCACACCAGCGUCUUAUUCGGCAGAUGGAAAGGUAGAGGUAAAUGAGGGUCUACCAUGUAGUGACUACACAUAUGGCGUAGAUGAACCUAUGAGUCAGCUACAAAUGUCAGCAUCAUCGCAAUUUCAUUUGGCCAAUUUGUUGCUCAUCACUUUGGCCGAAAAGGCUGUUAACGAUAAAAAUUAUAUACCUCUGUGGAAUUUCCUGGUAACAAAUGGCAAAUAUCACACAAAUAUGACCAGUAUUGUUCUUUGCCAGAGUGGUUUAUUUUCGGCUGCUCUACUUUUGGCCAAAGUGCGUGGAGUUUUUAUAGAUACAUUUUUGGCUUUAAAUAGUGUGGUGGGUCAAGAAUUUGGCUGGUACUCUGAGGUUAAUGUGUGUCUAUACAAUUUGAGUGACACCAUGUUUACCGAAACCAUAACAUACUUGCCCAGCGUUACCAUGGGUUAUUUUGGUUUUGUACAGGAAAAACUGCAACAAAUUAGACCAAGUGUUUUGAGACGCUUGGAACAACAACUCAACCCAUUUUCACCAACCCUGCGACCCAUCGUUUCACACACCUCAUCCACAUCACAUUCGAACGACAAUAAUACAUAUUUGCUGGAAUUUUGUAAAAAUCUCAUCGAAACUUAUUUGGCUGUACUCAUACACUUGGAAUCUCAGCGUUCUACAAAUGAUCGGGUUCUGAAUGCUUUAAAUACCUUCCGUUUAACAUACGAAGACAAUCAGUUUGCCAUCGAGGCUACACGUUUUAAGCCCAUAUCGGCGGGAUGUGCCCAUUGUGCGUGUGUAGUUGAUGGCGUUGCCUAUUUUUGGGGCUCGAAUGGCGUGCCUUGCAAUUACAGUGCUAGUAAAUUAUCAGAUUCCCCAGAACCUCCAUAUGCUGUAAAAAGUCUUGAUCUUCUAGCUCAUUUAAAUUUACAUGUACAUGCGGUUAAAUGUGGUAGACAGCAUACACUUAUACUCACCAAUAAUGGCCUCUACUCAUUGGGCAAUAAUAAUUUGUGCCAAUUGGGCAUAGGAAAACAAAUGCAAAUGACUUUGCAACCCAUGCUGGUCAAGGCAUUUGAUGGUAAAAAUAUAACAAUUCUAGAAGCUGGUCAAUAUCACAAUGCCGUGGUAGCUGAUGGUAUUUUAUAUACCUGGGGUUGGGGUGUUUAUGGCCAAUUAGGCCAUGGUGAUACAGAAAAUGCAGCUGAACCAAAAAUGGUUUCUUUUCUUAAGUAUAAGAAAAUAUUACAAGUUUCACUGGGUCAUGCCCACACUUUGGUGUUAUGUGAAGGACCUGCUGGCCGUAAUACUACAGAAUUGUAUGUUUUUGGCUCCAAUAACUUUGGUCAGCUGGGUUUGUCCGGCUCCAAGCCGGAGAGUGAACAAAGCGGCAGCUCUAAAUCCUCGACAGAUGAUGGUAUCAAUUAUAGUGGCCAAGUUAAGUAUUUGCUGCCUCAAAAGCUGGAGAUAGCUGGUGCCUCCAGAAUAAGACUGAUUCAUACAAAAUUUUUCACUAAUUUGGUUGUGGACGAAAACGAACGCAUGUAUACUUGGGGUUCAUCUCCACAAGCUCUUCGUUUAGCCAAUCAAAUAAAACGCAGAGCUAAUGCCAAACAAAAGAAUGAGGAACAACAGCGUCGUGAAAUGAGUAAACGUUUCGAGGAAACCCUGAGUGAUAACAUAGAAGUUCCCACAAUUGAUGUUGGUAUACCCAGCAGUGUAGUGACGGAAACGGUGCCAGUUGCCACUACAUCAGAGGUAUUAGUGCCUGCGGUAACCAUAACACCACCUGUAGGGGAAACAACUUUAGGCACAACCAGCGAUGCAGCUAUCACUAUAGUCAAAGAUGACAUCACAAGUAUAGCCGAAAAAGUUGUGCCCACUACAACUGCAGUACCAGAUAUUAUUAUAGAUGAUGAAAUUGUUGCUGAUAUACCGGUGGUAAAGACAACAACUAACAGUAGUACUGGUGCUCAGGAAAAAAUCGUUAUUGAAAGUGAACCAACAUCGUCUACAUCAACAACAAUGCCACAGGCAGCUAACAGUAUGAUAGAUGUGGAUCCUUGUGAACACAUGACACCGCAUUUGGUGGAUACAUCUGAAGUGGCAGGGCAAAUAUUGCAGGUUUCCAGUGGCCUUUUCCAUUUUGCUUUGAUUUCUUCCUCCUGCACUCUUUAUACAUGGGGUAAAAAUCUAGAACAUCAACUAGGCACUGAAGAUAAGGAGCGUCGGGCUGUUGGUAAGCCUUCACCCAUUGAUAGUAUUGACCGGCCCAUGUAUGUCGAUUGUGGUGCAGAUUUCACUCUAGUCAUGACAACAGAUUUUGUUGUUAAAGCAUUUGGUGGCAAUUCAAAUGGACAGUGUGGUCGUGAUUUGGGUGCCUGCAUAGAUAACAAAAUGAAACAGCGUGUAGUUUGCCUGCCCACCACCAAACGUCUAAUGCGCUUCGAAAGCCAGUGUGUUGAAGUUCCCGUGGAAAUAAAUCUACCAAGACCUCGCAUUCGUUUGGAUUAUGAGCCUGUGCGCUAUCUAAAGACCAUACCCAGAUACAAAUGUUAUUUCCUGCAAGAGGCUGAAAUCGAUUUUGAGCAAUGUCCCGAUAUGGCUUCGAGUUCAGCUAAUCAAAUAUCCGGCCAGGAAUCAGAUGAUAUGAUUUCCUCUUUGGAAAAUAUCAGUCAAAAUGAGGUGUCAUCAUUGCAAAUGUCACCCAAUGUGCCGCUACUGGCAGCCGAGCAUCUAUUGGAUCCCAAUCAAUUAACCGCCAACAGUUCUUAUGAAUGCUCGCCGGACGAACAAAGCUAUGCGCGUUUACCGAAUGUCUACAAUGCUUCCAGCAUAACUGACAAUGGCAAUAGUGGGGGCAAUGGUUCUGGCCUGCUAAAUCUUAAGGCCCAAGAAGGUUCUGCUGAGGCGGAAGGCCAAGAACUAAAAAAUGGCAGCGAAGAGAGCGAGGAAUUGCAGCAAUUAUGCCACUACAUACACUAUUGUCUAUACAUCUUCCAUGGCCUGUAUAGUCCGGACAAGGUGCGAGAGUUUUCCAAAGAUCGCCUAGAAUAUCGCAUACGUACUUUAAUGUUAAAUUUCAAAUUUGUCGAUGCUUUUGAGCUGUGUUUGCGCAGUGUGAACAAUGCCAGUUGUGCCCUCAAAAUUUUUGAAUAUUUCUCCAAAGAUACUGGCUAUGUGCCCUUGCGCCGAGCUGACCUGAGGUUUCUUAUCUACUAUCUGCUGCAACAUUUUAUGGAACGCAACUAUGAUAUAACACAGUGUGAGAACUUCUUUUUGGCCGAUUUGGACUACUAUUUGCUGGAAUUGGCCUAUGUGCUGUAUUUCAAUAACAACAAUACCGAACUCGAACAAAAUCUCAAUGAGAAAUUCAAGAAUCUUAUAGCACGCAGUGGUGAUCCCUAUCAACUGCAAGGCGAAGAUCUUAAUCAACAGCAGCAAAUCGGCGCCACCGAGACCGAGGCGGAAGUGCAUCAUCUUGCCACACACAAACUACAGGACACCGAUGUGAUAUUUGAAUUGUUGAGUGUGAAAUUUAAAACCAUCAUUUGUCAGCGUCUGUUAAAGUUUUGUAAUACAUAAUCGUUUACUUUGUCAACGCAUCGCCAUUGCCAUCAUCGUAAGCAGCAUGGUGAUCGACAUCAACAGCAUUAUCAUCGUUUUUAUCAUAUACGCCUUUAGAACAGCGAUUUUUAUUUUGCGAUGUCGUUCAUCGUUUUUGUUUUUCUUUUUUUUUGUCUUAUGUUAAUACAUUUUUUUGUAUUUGUUUUUCUUUUUUUCUAUAGUUUUUAUGGGUAUUCAUUUUUGUUUUGUUUUAAUUUUUAUAUUAUUUUUAUUAUGUAUAAUUGUUUUAUUUUUUCUUGUUUUUUUUUAUUUUAUUUUAUCCCACUCAUCCCCAUCAAUAUAUUUAAUAUGCAUACACUAACAUACAUACAAACAUAUAUAUUAUAUACAUAUUACAAAAAUAUUUAUUAAAUGAUGUUAUUUUGUUGUAUUAGUUUUAAAUUAUUCGUUUUUUUUCUCAUUUGUAGAAAGUAUUUUUUAAACAAAAAUCUUCACGGCAUAUCUAUUUUAUUUGUUCGAAUUCAUAUGAAAUCAUUUUGAGUUGAUUAAAUUGAAAGAAAAAAAAACAUUGUUUUUAAACUUAUACUUUUAAUAAAUUUUUUUGGCGAGUCCAUAGACACAA